CGCCAACUUGCGCGCGCAGCUCCUGCAGGACCAGCUUCUAGAAGCUCAUUGCGGUGGCGUUGGUCCUGGCUGCACGUCCCGGUGCAGUUGCUGCAAGACAGUUUCUGCAAGUGAAUCCUUGGAACACUUGAUGUUUUGCUGUCCAGUGCCUCUUGGGGAACUGUGCUGAUACUCAGAAGCCUAAAGGGGACUGGAUUCCUGCUGGUGGUCCACAUUGUGGGCUGCAGUAGGCAGCACGAGAUGACAGCCAUCUCCCCAGACCCUCAGACUCUGGUCUCAAGGGAACACAUCAAGGUCCUAAGAAUGGAGACUCCUGGGACUCAAGAAGCUACUCGAGGAGGAGACACUGCCGACUCAGAGUCUUUCAGACAGAGGUUCAGGUGGUUUUGUUACUCAGAAGUGGCUGGACCCAGAAAAGCCCUGAAUCAGCUCUGGGAGCUUUGCGUUCAGUGGCUGAGACCAGACAUCCACACGAAGGAACAGAUUUUAGAGCUUCUGGUGUUUGAGCAGUUCCUGACCAUUCUGCCCGGGGAGAUCAGGAUUUGGGUCAAGUCACAGCACCCUCAGAGCAGUGAGGAAGUGGUGACCCUAGUAGAGGAUUUGACCCAAAUGGCUGAAGAAAAGGAAGAUCCAGUCUCUCAAGACUCUGUCAUUUCCCAAGAGGAGAAGCCUGAAGAAGAGAAAACCAUUUCUGUUCUUCCAAAUACUGAGUCCCAGGAAUCCGUGACACUCAAGGAUGUGGCUGUGACCUUUUCCAGAGGAGAGUGGAGGAGGCUGGAACCUUUUCAGAAGGAGAUAUACAAGGAGGUGCUGCUGGAGAACUUCCGGAACCUAGAAUUUCUGGGCUUUCCAGUUUCCAAAUUAGAUCUGGUUUCCCAGCUAAAGUGGGCUGGACUCCCUCGGCUGCUACAGAAGGAAGUCUCAAAGCGCUCCAAACCAGAAUGUGAACUGAGCGGUGAGUUGAAGGAGUCUGGUGGAAAUCAAGAUGUUCUUGUGGAAGAAUCAACUUUAGAUAAAAUAAUAGAAAGAUAUCUGAUGGGUGGUGAUGAUGACUCGAUGGGAGAACCCUGGGGCAGACUAGAGGAGGAUCGUGGUCAUAAGGGGCACUCACAAAAGAAAACUCAUGGGAGAGGCAGUAAGGGGGAGGAAUUUGACCCAGAAAAGAGCCCCUUUGGAAGUAAUUUCAAACCACCUUCAGACCUCAUUAAACAUCUGAGAGUCUACUUAAGGAAGAAGAGGUAUAACGAAUGCAAGAAACCCUUCAGCUUCCACUCUGACCUUGUUCCGAACCGCAAAGAACAUGGUGGAGAAAAGUCUCGGAAAUGUAACGAAGGCAGGAAGGCCCUGAGUCAUGCUUCAUCUCUGACUGAGCAUCAGAAACAUCAGAAAAGGUAUUCGGCGGAGAAGACCCAGAAGUGCAGUAGCUGUGGGAUAGACUUCAUUCAGAGCCCAGCCCUCAGGAAGAAGAAGAACUCAACGUGCGAGAAGUGUCGGAAAGCUUUAAGUCGAGAUGCAACCUUAGAGAAGGACGAGGGGCCCGAGGCUGGAGACAAAACCCAUAAAUGCAGCAAAUGUGGAAAAGCCUUCGGCUACAGUGCCUCCCUGACCAAGCACAGGAGAAUUCACACUGGGGAGAAGCCGUAUAUGUGCAAUGAGUGUGGGAAAGCAUUCAGUGACAGUUCAUCGCUCACGCCCCAUCACCGAACCCACAGUGGGGAGAAACCCUUCAAAUGUGACGACUGUGGAAAAUCCUUCACCCUGAGUGCCCACCUCAUUAAACAUCAGAGGGUGCACACUGGAGAGAAACCCUACAAAUGCAAGGAGUGUGGGAGGCCCUUCAGCGACAGUUCAUCUCUCAUUCAGCAUCAGCGAAUUCACACCGGAGAGAAGCCCUACACGUGCAACAACUGUGGGAAAUCCUUCAGCCACAGCUCAUCCCUUUCCAAACAUCAGAGAAUUCACACGGGAGAGAAACCCUACAAGUGUGGUGAGUGUGGGAAAGCCUUCAGACAGAACUCUUGCCUUACCCGCCAUCAGAGGAUUCACACCGGCGAAAAACCGUACCUGUGUAACGAUUGUGGGAUGACUUUUAGCCACUUCACGUCUGUCAUCUAUCAUCAGAGGCUUCAUUCGGGAGAAAAACCCUACAAGUGCACCCAGUGUGAGAAAGCCUUCCCUACCCACUCGCUCCUUAGCCGUCAUCAGAGGAUUCAUACGGGCGUAAAGCCUUACAAGUGUAAAGACUGUGGGAAGUCCUUCAGCCAGAGCUCGUCUCUUAACGAACAUCAUCGGAUUCAUACUGGAGAGAAACCCUACGAGUGUAACUACUGCGGGGCGACCUUCAGCCGCAGCUCGAUCCUUGUAGAACACCUGAAAAUCCACACCGGGAGGAGAGAAUACGAAUGCAACGAAUGCGAGAAGACGUUUAAAAGUAAUUCCGGCCUCAUCAGGCAUCGGGGAUUUCACUCUGCAGAGUAAUUCUUGGGGUGUAGGAAGGUGGGGGGAAGUUUGGUCGAAAUUGUCUCAUUAUAAACCUGGGGAAGAAACUACCCCACCAUUGACUAGUAGGAAAUUUAGUCAAAAUCGUCCCUUAUUCAAAAGCAGGGGUGUAAAGUACCCCAGCGUUGAUAAGCAGCUGCAGAUUUGCCGGGCUGGCAGCUAGGAAAAAUACUUUUUUUCUCGGUCACCCCUCUUCUCCCCGAGAAUGUCAACUUUAGUUAGAUAGUGAUGAGGGCUGGUAAAGACACAUGGUAAGAGAAGAAAGUGGUAUGAGAUGUGAAAUGAUUUGAAAAGGCCAAAUGUGAGUUUAAAAAGCAGGGGAGGGGAGCAUGGGACCCACCUUACUGACCUCUUUUCUCCAGGUUUCCUUCUCCCCUGC